AUGGACGAAUCAUCUCCCGACGUGUACCCCAUCCAUAUACUGGAUAACAUCAAAGCGAAUCACUGCUAUGUGGAUUGGCUUAUGCGAUUCAAUGAUGUCCUCGACGCAGAGAAACUCAAGACCGCGUUAUCAAGACUUCUAGAGAUUGGUGACUGGAAGAAGCUCGGUGGGAGACUACAACGGAAGAAGGACGGGACUCUUGAAAUACACGUCUCAGGGCCCUCUGCAAGUGGACAACAAAAUGUAUUCUUCACUCACGACACUUUCGAUAUGAAUAUCGAUGAGCACCCGGUUGCUAGUCGUCUCCCAAAAGAAACGACGUCUCCCUCAAUCCAGACUCUAUCCCCUGAUACCCGGCCUUUGAUUGCAAGACCCGACUUCCCUACAUUCGAGGAGGUGGUCCGCAAAGGCUUGCCAUCCCUCUCUCUGCACAUCACAUCCUUCCGUGAUGCAACACUUGUCGCCCUCAUCUGGCCCCACGUUUUAAUGGAUGCUAUCGGUGCAAAGGCCCUGCUGGAAGCCUGGUCAUCAGUACUAGCCGGUCAAGAAGAAGAUGUUCCCCCAGUACUUGGUGCACGAAAAGACAUGCUCCGUCCUACCAAGGAAAUGCAUGACAGCGACACGACAGAAGAGUUCGGACUUGAAAAGUGGCGUCUGAAGGGCAUAAGCAUGAUCAUGUUCCUGCUAAGGUUUGUAUGGAGCAAAUUUUGGAAUCCGCGUCGGGAACGACGGAUUCUUUUGCUUCCAAAGAGUGAUUUUGGAAAGAUAUGCGACCAUGCUCGAAUGGACAUUGCUCAGAGAUCAGAGGGAGAUGAGAAGCCUUUUAUCAGUGAUAGUGAUAUACUCACUGCGUGGCUUACCCGGGCAGUCGCAUCUUCGGAACCGGGAUCUCGUCCGUUCACGGUAUUGAACCUUAUGAACGUACGGUACCGGAUCCCGUACUUGCUCAAAUCUGGUGGUGCUUUCAUUCAGAAUAUGGUGUUGGGGACAUAUUCUUUCUUUUCUUCUCAGCUUCCUGAUGAAUCGGUUGGCUCGAUCGCGCUGGAACAUCGAAGAAACUUUACUGAGCAGGCUACCCAGGGUCAGGCCGUUUGCUUUUUGAAGAGUGUUUACCGGGAUCUGGAUGCAGGCAGAAGCCCGGGGCUUUUCUUUGGAGAAUCAAAUGCUACUCUAGUCGCCUUCAACAACCUGCUCAAGGCUGAUUUGAUCCGCGCUGUGGAUUUUAGUCCUGCGGUCGUGUCUCAGGGAGAGGUGACAGAGACGAGGGAAAAUCCCCUGGGUUCCAUGGUUUCUUACUACAACGAAGCCAUUGAUGAAUCGUUUAACGAGUUCAACCUUUUCGUUGUGCUUGGUCAAGACCAUUGGGAUACUUACUGGGUUUUGGGAACGCUAUUACCUCGGGCCUGGAAAAAGAUUGAAGAAGAGUUAGGGCGAAUUUAG